AAGAUCACGCGUUUCUUAUACGAAGGCUUUCAAUCGAGUUCACUUUUGGCUCUAUCGAUCGAUUUAGUACGAUUAAGAGUUUCGACGUUGCGUAGAAAAAUAUUGUUCUCAUCCGUUACACUCAUCCUUCGGAGAAAUUCUAUUUGAUUUACAACAUGAAGUGUGUAUGUGUAUAUGUGUGUUCAUGUGAGUGUGUGCAUUUAUCAUUCUUCCUUCCUUUUUUUUUUUAGUGUAAGUAAGAAUUUUUUUCUUCUCUGUCCAUCGAGAGAACGGCUAUUACACAAAAAUCUGUUUCGAUAAUCGAAAAUAUUAUUCUUAACUCUUUCCCGUAAUAAUAGUUAUAGGCAUGGAUAUGUCCCCUCAUUGGUCGAAAAUUAUUUUCGUUCGUACAAUGGGUGACAUAUGUAUAUUUAAUAAUGAAUUAUUGCCUGGAAACCCUCUAAUCUUACGGAUUAAGGGCCUGCGGUUCUCAUCUUUUAUUUAAAAUGUUCAGAACAAUUAGAGGAUUACAUAUUGUAAUCUUUAUCCACGUUCCACGCCGCAAAUAUAAUUUCAAGAAUUUUUGUUUGUUCAUUUAUUUUUUUUUUUUUUUUUUUUUUUUUUUUAAUGAAGAGUAGUAAAUGCGUUAUAAUAAAGUGUAAAAAGAAAUUAAUUCACAGAAUUUUUCGGGAAGCUUUUUUUUGUGUUUCUUUCCGUUCAUUUGAUCGGUGCUGAUAAAACUAGUUCACAGUAAUGAUCCUCUAAUUGUUUUGAACAGUAUAUUAUUUUACAUAUACAUAUCCACAGCGUAUAAUAAUAUGUAUGAAUGCGAUAUAAUAAAAUAAGCUGUUUAGAGUUCACUUUCUAACAACAGUAAAUGGCAAAAAUGCGCUUCGCCUGCAAAAUCCAGGAAAAUCCAAGAUAUUCAAAUAUACGGGAAAAAGUUAAAUUUACGACAACUACUUAUGCAUGUGAAGCAUUACGAAUGAUGCUCACGUAAUGGAAAAACGAACGUCCUUAUCUUUUUUCCUUUUUUUUUUUUUUUUUUUUUUUUUUUUUUUUUUUUUUGUUUUAUUUGAUCACGAGAGAUAACGCUUCUGUCAUUAAAAAAUAUAUGAAGACGCUAACCUCUAAUCGACACACUGUUACAUUAUUAAUGUUUAUGUACGACCGAACGAGCCAGAGUAAGAAGCAUAUGUAUAUAAACAUAAAUCCUUCCUUUCGUGACCUAUAUUUUUUUCGAUUUUUUGAAAUCUUAAUCAUCAUCGAGUUAGAACAUUAUAAAAUCAUUCAUGUUGUUUAUUUUCUUUCCUUUUUUUCCUUUCAUUACGUCGAUCUUUUCAAGUAAACUAACCAAUAAAAUUUGACAAUCUAUUCAACGUUUACUUUCAUUACUCGAUUUGACAAGUCAAAAUUAAUACGUCCCUUCCUCUACUUCUCAUCUUUGAAUUUCCCGCUAAAAAUGUGACUACGUAAAAAAAAAAAAAAAAAAGAAAAACGUUGACAAAAAUUAACGCACGAAAUGUAAAAAAUAUGUCUAAUUAUUUAACUCGAAGCGAUCAAAUUAAAUAUAUUACGUACUUAUCGAUUUAAGUAUAUGAUAUAUAUAUAUAUAUGUAUGUGUGUAUUUAUGUAUGUACGUAUGUGUAGAGAAUAUAUUCAAAUAGCGCAAUGUAAAAAUACAUUAUUUUGCAUUUUGAGUCGCACGAAUGAUUAAGUACACGAUUUCUAAAUGUGUUUUGAAAUAAAAAAAAUUAAAGCCCUUUGAAACAUGUUGAACGUGUUCAAAAGUGUUCAAAAGAAAAAUUAAAAAUUAAAAAAACAAAGAAACAUG